AGUGCUCUUGGCUGUUAGCUGAAAGUGCGCUCAUCCUUUCAAUCCCUAUCAAGGCAAAACCUGAAAAGAUGCUGACUAUUUCGCUGAUAUGGGGAGUAGUUGUGGCUGUGUGCUGCUUCUUCUGGCUUAUUGUUGGCAUUAGAAGACGACAACCCGGAGAGCCGCCUCUGGAAAACGGCUUAAUUCCCUACCUUGGAUGUGCCUUGCAGUUUGGUGCCAACCCUCUAGAGUUUCUCCGAUCGCGGCAGAAAAAAUAUGGAGAUGUCUUCACCUGUAAAAUUGCUGGAAAAUUUGUGCACUUUGUGACUGACCCAUUUUCGUUUGAUCUAGUAAUGCGUCAUGGGCGUCACUUCGAUUGGCAGAAGUUCCACUAUUCCACAUCUGCCAGGGCAUUUGGACAUAGCAGCAUGAAUCCUGUUGAUGGCAAAACCACUGAAAAUAUACAUGAAACAUUUAAGACCAUGCAGGGAGAUGCCCUGGACCCGAUGAUUUCUUCCAUGAUGGAGAAUCUUCAACAUGCAAUCUUGAAGUCUGUGGCAUCCAAAGGAAAUGAAUGGUCCAAAGAGGGUCUCUAUGCCUUCUGUUACCAAGUAAUGUUCGAGUCUGGUUACGUAACCCUUUUUGGCAAAGAGUUGAACAAUAACAAUGACACAAGUUUAGCUAGAGAGGAAGCACAAAGAGCCCUUAUCCGCAAUGCCAUUGAAAACUUCAAAAAAUUCGACAAAAUCUUUCCUGCGCUAGUAGCAGGUCUACCCAUACAUGUCUUCAAAUCAGCUUACAGUGCCAGGGAGAACCUAGCAAAGGAUCUGUUCCAUGAGAAUCUCAGGAAAAGAAUCAACCUCUCAGAGAUUGUCAGCCAUAGGAUGUUCAUGAAUGACACCGUUUCCACUCUAAAUGAUUCAGAUAAGGCAAAGACCCACUUGGUGCUCCUCUGGGCAUCGCUAGCUAACACCCUUCCUGCAACGUUCUGGAGUGUCUACUACCUCCUUGGAUGCCCAAAAGCAAUGAAGGCAGCCACCGAGGAGAUCAGCCAGGCUUUGACAAAUGCUUCUCAGAAAGUCACCUUUGAUGACAAGUUAAUUUUUCUCAAUCGUCAUCAGCUGGAGGAGAUGCCAGUUUUAGACAGCAUCAUCAAGGAAUCAAUGAGGCUAUCCAGUGCAUCAAUGAACAUCAGAGUGGCCAAGGAGAAUUUUACCUUACAACUUGAAGAAAAGGGGGUAUACGGCAUCCGUAAAGAUGACAUUGUCGCCCUCUACCCGCAGACCGUUCACUGGGAUCCUGAAGUUUAUGAGGACCCCAUGGUAUUCAAAUAUGAUCGUUUCCUAGAUGAGAAUGGCAAAGAGAAGACAGAUUUUUACCUCAAAGGAAAGAAAUUAAAGUAUUACUACUUGCCGUUUGGGUCUGGGAGAACCAAAUGCCCUGGACGUCAAUUUGCCGUGCUUGAGAUCAAACAGUUACUGACUCUCCUGAUUUCUUACUUUGAUAUGGAACUUGCAGAUAAAAAUGCUAAAUGCCCACCCCUAGAUCAGUCCCGUGCAGGCCUAGGCAUUUUACCGCCCACAAAUGAUGUUGAUUUCCGAUUUAGACUGAAAGCUCACUAAAUGAAACUACACAACGUAGAUCAUCACAGUACACAUUGACCAUUGCUAUAUUAUGGAGGCCGUCAGGUUUUUAUUGUCUUUUGCAACAACAACAAUGGGGGAGAAUUAUCAAACUGGUGUAAAGUAGAAGUGGCUUAGUUGCCCAUGGCAACCAAUCAGAGUCCACCUUUCAUUUUCAAAAGUAACUGUGAAUAAUGAAAGGUGGAAUCUGAUUGGUUGCUAUGGGCAAGUAAGCCAGUUCUACUUUACACCGGUUUGAUUAAUCUCCUCCAAUUUUCUACACAACACUAUUUUUGUCAUAACUCAUAAGAAGAAAAAAUGGAAAACUGACAGAACACUGAAGUGGUGAUAGAUGGAGCCUUAUGGAGUUAGUAGGAAUUAUGUAUAUUUGUAGUUAUUUUAUAAUUGUGUAUUGUAAGAGAUGAUUUUAGUGUUGUAUCGAGUAAGAAUUUAUAGUGUUUUAACUAUAAAUCACAUUGUACAUGAUAAUUGUUGAAAUGAGAAUUCACAAAAGUGUUAGCAGUCUUCAAUGAAAGUAUAGAAAUGAAUGUAUCUGUUGUAUCAUACUGUCUCUGCAUCCGAAUGUUCAUUACACAACCCGUGGCUGUAUUUUAAUGUAUUAACAUUUGUAUAUAAAAUGUCUGGUAUUUACACUUUUUUCCAUAAGAAAACCUUACAUUUUGGAUGUAGGUCCGUUCUG